CACCCCAGGCGAGCUUCUCGCACCUCGACCCUUUGCCGGGGCGUCACUGGUCCGACAACUCAUAAUCCACCAUCGCUUGGGCAGGCCUGCAUCCCCCGUGGGUCGCAUCCAAGCCGCCGGUAAAUACCGGCCGACACACACACACACACCCACCCUGUCUAGCGCGAACGCUACAAAAGAGACCGGCAGGCACUCCCCACGACCGCUUGUUCUGGCCAUCCCGUCUCUCGCCUCUGCAGUUAUCGCCUGCCUCAUCUCUGCGGCCUGAUAACUUUUGUUACCUCUGAUCCCCCCCGACGAGACGGUCUCGCCGACCAGGACCCGAGAUGGCGGACCGCCAUCCUACUCUAUCCCAGUCCUUCGCCGAGCGGGCGAAGACGGCUAGCCACCCGCUCACCCGCUACCUCUUUCGGCUCAUGGACCUCAAGGCCUCGAACCUGUGCCUGAGCGCCGACGUGUCCACCGCGCGCGAGCUUCUGACGCUGGCCGACCGGGUCGGCCCCUCGAUCGUCGUGCUCAAGACGCACUACGACCUGAUCUCGGGCUGGGACUACAACCCGCAAACCGGCACCGGCGCGAAGCUGGCCGCCCUGGCGAGGAAGCAUGGCUUCCUCAUCUUUGAGGACCGCAAGUUUGUCGACAUUGGUAAGACGGUGCAGAUGCAGUACACGGCUGGCACUGCGCGCAUAAUAGAGUGGGCGCACAUCACCAACGCCAACAUCGACGCCGGCAAGGACAUGGUGCGCGCCAUGGCCGAGGCGGCCGCCAAGUGGAAGGAACGCAUCAACUACGAGGUCAAGACGUCCGUCACGGUGGGCACGCCCGUCUCGGACCAGUUCGACGAUGCGGAGGAGCAAGCGCAAUGGCCGCAGCACCAGCAGCACCAGCAGCAGCAGUACCAGCAACAGCGAGAUGAAAAAGGUGGGCCCCGCAGGCUCGGCACUCGGGAGGAGCAGCACCAACAGGACAACGGAGACGGUGACGGCCGGAAAGGGAGCAUUGUCUCGAUCACUACGGUGACGCAGUCGUUUGAGCCCGCUCACUCCCCACGCCUGUCCAAGAGCAACGAGCUGGGCGACGACGCCGUCUUCCCCGGCAUCGAGGAGGCCCCCGUCGACCGCGGCCUGCUUCUGCUCGCCCAGAUGUCGUCCAAGGGCUGCCUCAUGACCAAGGAGUACACCCAGGCCUGCGUCGAGGCCGCGCGCGAGCAUAAGGAUUUUGUCAUGGGCUUCGUCUCACAGGAGUCGCUCAACUCGGCCCCGGACGACACUUUCAUCCACAUGACCCCCGGAUGCAAGCUUCCGCCGCCAGGCGAGGAUGAAGAGACCAGCCAGAUCGAGGGCGAUGGCCUCGGCCAGCAGUACAACUCGCCGAGCAAGUUGAUCAACAUUUGCGGCACCGACAUUGUCAUCGUAGGGCGUGGCAUCACCGCCGCCGGCGACCCGCCCUCCGAGGCUGAGAGGUACAGGAGAAAAGCCUGGAAGGCCUAUCUGGCGCGUCUGGCGUGAUUUGGGGGGAGGGGGAGAGGAAAUGGGGGAGGGGAGGGGU